GCAAGGCACAUGAGUGCGUUUAAAACUAGCUAAAAUGCUUUCUAACUGGGUGUCUAACUGGACAGCGAGAUGUGGGUAUACAACUUACUAGAGUACGUAAUAUCCCGUGUCCUGUUUGUUAAGAGUGGUUUGUUCUGUCUUUUCCUGUUUAGUAAGAUGACUUCAAUUCUUCCGCGUGACGGUCCGAUUUGAAGGCAGCAUCGAAGCCUAUGAACCCAUAAAUCUGCGCACCAGAUCCCUCAAGACCGAACACAUUUUAAAAAGAUGUUGGGCCAAAUUGUCGACUCCUGCGACUUCAUUCACAAAUGGUCGUCUAAUGAUAUAGCCAAAUUUAUCCGGGCCAGAGGGCAGGCAGAACACUUGUUCACCGGGCAGAGGAACAGUGCUGUGGAAGGGUGGAAACAGGUACUCAGUUCCAUUGGCCUUGGGACCAAGGUCAGCCCGCAACAAGCGAGAAAAAAGUGGGACAAUUUAAAAAGAAAAUAUAAGGAGCUGAAGUGUCCACCCACAGGGACAGGUACGGAUAAUAAAGUGGACACGGCUGCCUCGUGGUCAUGGUACUCUGCCAUGGAUGAGCUGCUUGGCCAGAGGCACUCUACAUCACCACCCGUGGUGCGUGCCUCAAUGGCCUGCAUCUCAUCCAUGGCAGAGCUACAUUCCUCAUGUGCCAUGUCUUCCCCACCAACGCGAGAGGAGAGAGUGGAGUGUGAAGUGGAGAGGCAGGAAAGGGGAAGGGAGCUUAGUAGCUUCAUGGAUUUCCUGAGGGAGAGCAUCGAGGCAGAGCAGGCUAGGGAGGAGGAGAGGCAGAAGAAGGCUGAGGAGCGGUUCAGCCGACUUUUGGCAAUCCUCGAGAGGAUUGCUGAAAAAGUAAUAAAUAAUUAAACAUUUACAGCAUUAUGUUUUUUUUUUGUAGAUUUUUAGAUGACACAACAACAGAGUUCAGUUAAGUUAAAAUAUCUUUUUUUUUUUUUAAAAGCUCCCCAAGCAAGCCAAAAUGAAUCUGGGCAACAGUGGCGAGGGCGGGCCUAGGCUCAGGGAGCGACCACCCUCCUUGGUCAUUCUUUAGAAACUGCCUGCAAUUAUAAAAUAUUAACAAAAUUGGUUAGAAAAUGCAUGCGUUCAUUCAUUCAUUCAGAACAUUAAGCAAUACCUAAAUCAGAAAGGAUACAAGAAGCUACAGCGCACGCCGGGAGGGAGCAAACAAGUUUAAUUACACAGCGUGCUGACGUCACACGUUACCGUAAAUGCUAUCCUAAAAGGUCGUUUGAAACCAAUGGUUUUUGAAAAUGCCUUCACUCGAAGUCAUGUAUUGUGAGACACCUGUCUAUUAUGGCAACGAGGCAGCAACCUUCCGUUUCGUACGCACUCCAUGUAGUCCAUUCUUUUUCUACUUUGGCAUAUCGGUAGAAACAUCUUUAUUUUUACUGAUCAAGACAACAGUACGUUACGAAAGAUAACCACAUUUUAACUAACCAAACCGUUAAGCUAAGUUUUGUAUUUUGUGAAAACCCAUUUUUUUUCCAUAGAGAUUUUUUUCUUUGGAACCAGGAAGUAUUAAA